CUAGUCAGCCUCGAAGUUGAUGACGGGCUGCUUGGAACCACGGCCGCGAGUCGUGCGGAUGGUGCGGGUGGGGGUGGCGAGGGCGGCGGUGUCAGUCUUCUUGCGUUUGAUUGAGCUAGCGGUCGGGAUCUCCAGGGUGAUCUUGUCACCGGUGGAGUGGGCCUCGGGUCUUUCACGCUUCUUGGAGAGAGUGGGAGUCUUGAGAGCGGACUUCGAGGGCUCGGCAAUCGACUUCUUGGGAGUGCUCUCACCCUUGGCCUCGGCCUCCUCGUCCUCUCUGCCAACCAACAGCUGGCUGGCACCACUGUGGCCCUCGGAGACGAUCUCGUCGACGUUGACGCGGACUCUGCCGGAGACGACGGCAGCCUUGAGUGUGGUCUCGAUUCUGGAUGCCAUAGUGGCGAAGAUCAUGUUGAGGGCUUCUUCGGCUGGUGACAAUAUCAGCACCGAAGUUCACUUUGUGCGCAGCUUCCACUCACCGUCGGCAUGCUCGUCAUCGUCUGCGACUUCAGCCUCCAGCUCGGCGAGCUGGGCAGCGAGUCAGACAAUCUGGGUGCAACCAGAAACAACCUCAGGUGGAAGGAGGGCCACGAUUGGCCCUGCAACACUGCUACAAGGACUUGACCCUCGACAAAUUUCAGUCUGUCCGUCCGACAAUGCCCAGCAGCUGCAUGGAAUGUGGUCGUCAGCAAUUCAGACGUCACAGUGCUUCUGACCUGGUGCUGCUACAAUCUUUGGUGCAAGCACGAGCAUGAUCAGGUCAAAAAACUCCUCGUCGCCGCCAGUCUACGACACACCAACCAUUGUCUCCCAUGAUCAAAGAUAUCCAAGCUGCAUCAAUGCGCGAUGUCGUUAGCGUGGGAGUAACGGUCCACAGAAGUGCGAUGAUUGACGCGCUCUCAGUGGAGGCUACGUCUGAUCUCAGAUAGAUUGUGCAUUUCCGCAGCUACGAAUAUGGCAAGAGAGAGAGAAGGAACGACUUCAUGGGGG